AUGGAAUCGCCUAGAGGCACUUUCACUGAGGAACUCUACGAUGUGGUUUGUGUGGGUUUUGGGCCAGCAUCUCUAGCAAUUGCCAUUGCAAUACACGAUAUUUUGGAUAUUCGUACACCAAACCAUAAUACGAAACAGCCAAAGUUAUGUUUUCUAGAGAAACAGCAGCAAUUUGCAUGGCAUUCCGGCAUGAUGGUUCCUGGAUCUAAGAUGCAAAUAUCAUUCAUCAAAGAUCUGGCCACGGCCCGGGACCCACGAAGCGAGUUCACCUUCUUAAACUACCUCAAGACCCAGGGAAGGCUAAUUGAUUUCACGAAUCUGGGAACUUUUCUACCAUCGCGGCUAGAGUUCGCAGAUUACAUGCGCUGGUGCGCCAGUCACUUUGCGGAUGUUGUGACGUACGGUCAGGAGGUACUGGAAAUAUCUCCUGUAGCGACUUCCUCCGGUCUGGCUGAUUCAUUUUUGGUCAAGUCACAGGACGUGGGUUCUGGGAAAAUAUUCUCACGUCAAGCAAGGAAUGUGAUCAUUGCUGUUGGAGGGAAGCCCAGGAUGCCACAGGUCAUCCCGAAUCACCCACGGAUUAUACACUCGUCUAGCUACUGCACAAGAAUGCCGGAAUUAUUGAAGGACACUACUAAACCCUAUAAUAUUGCAGUAUUGGGAAGUGGGCAGAGUGCGGCAGAGGUAUUUCAUGACCUGCAUCAACAAUACCCUAGCGCGAAGACGGCAUUAAUCAUGAGAGAUUCCGCCCUACGGCCAAGUGACGAUUCACCGUUUGUGAACGAGAUCUUCAAUCCUGAAAAGGUUGACGGAUUUUACGCCAACUCGGAGGCAGAGCGUCAAAGGUCAAUCGCGUCUGACCGAGCGACAAACUAUGGCGUGGUUCGAAUUGAGCUCAUUGAGAAGAUAUAUAAUGACAUAUACAUGCAAAAGAUCAAGAGCCACGAUGAAGGCGAAUGGCUGCAACGGAUUCUACCUCGUCGCGAAAUUGGUCGGGUCGACCGGAGUACGCCAGAUGGUCGAUUGGGACUUCAUCUCCAACCAGUGGAUAAGCAUGACAGCACGAGUACGGGCAACGAAGGAAAAGAGAUCCUGCAUGUAGAUGCAUUAAUAGUUGCAACCGGAUACACCAGGAACGCACACGAAAAGAUUUUAGCACCUGUGGAACAUCUCCGACCCGACAACAGCUGGCAAAUAAACCGGAACUACAGCCUGGCAUUAGAUCGAAACAAAGUAAGCUCGGACGCUGGGAUUUGGCUUCAGGGUUGCAACGAGAGCACCCAUGGCAUCAGUGACAGCUUGCUUUCGGUGCUGGCUACGCGAAGUGGAGAAAUAGUGGAAUCGGUUUUUAGUAGUGGUCAUAGUACGUUGACGCGGAACGGCAUUCGCGCGGUGUUGUAG